AUGUCUCUGUACAUUUUUUCCUUCCUGUGUGCCCUCGGCCUCGUUGCCGCCCUCCAGGUGCCAGAUGUGGAGCCUCUGGGGGAGGGCUCCGUCUUCACCACUUCCUCAGAGAAGAAUGAAAUUGUGAACAAGCAUAACGCCCUGAGGAGGGGAGUCCAACCCACCGCUCGCAACAUGAAGAAAAUGAGCUGGAACAACGAGGCUGCAGCCAACGCUCAGAAAUGGGCCAACACCUGCUCCAUGCAGCACAGCCCUGCCAGCUCCAGACAGAUCAGCACUAGCGGCUGUGGAGAAAAUCUGUACAUGUCCAGCAGCAAGAACACCUGGACCAGCGCUAUCCAGCGGUGGUACGACGAGGUGAAGGACUGGCGCUAUGGAGUGGGAUCUGUCAACGGAGGAGUGGUCGGACACUUCACCCAGAUUGUUUGGGCCACUUCUAACAAGAUCGGCUGUGCCAGGGCCUACUGUCCCAACUCCAAAUACAAGUACUUCUACGUCUGCCACUACUGUCCACCCGGGAACUACAACUUCACGAACCCCUACAAGUCAGGAACCUCCUGCGCCGACUGCCGCAACUCUUGCGACAACAAACUGUGCACCAACCCUUGUCCCUCCACGGAUCAGUACAGCAACUGUCCCGAGCUGAAGCAGCAGUGGGACUGCAGCCACAAGGACGUGGCCUCCUGGUGUCCGGCUUCCUGCAAGUGCACCAGUCAGAUCAGCUGA